AGCAGGCGCGGGCCCUUUAAGGGCGGCCGGGGCCCGGGGCGGGGCCGCCGUGCGGACGUGGCGGGCCGGCCGCCAUUGCGGUGGCCAUGAGGAGCGGCGGCAGGUAGGGCCGGGCGGUCCUUCCUUCCCUUCCCCUCCCUUCCCGUCCGUCCGUCCGUCCGUCCGUCCCUCCCCUCGGCGACGGGGACCGGCCGGCAGGGAGGCGGGGGGCGGGUUAGCGGGGAAGCGGCGCGGCCAUCCCACCCCGCCGUCCGUUCCGCAGAGGAUGGCUGGCCGGGACGCCGUGUGCGGCCUGCAGCCGCCGGCCGCGGGGCACCUGUACCCCGCGGUGAGCGGGGCGGAGGGCGAGGGGCCCGACGAGGAGGUGGAGGUGUCGGAGCUGCGGCCGCGGGGAAGGGAGAAGGUGCGGAGGAGCGCGUCGAGGGACCGGCUGGAUGACAUCGUCCUGCUGAGCAGGGACAUCCAGGAGGGGGACACGCUGAACGCCAUCGCGCUGCAGUACUGCUGCUCGGUUGCAGAUAUCAAGAGAGUUAACAAUCUUAUCAACGAUCAAGAUUUUUUUGCCCUGAGGUCUAUCAAAAUUCCAGUGAAGAAGUUCAGCGUAUUGACCGAAACACACGUCUCCCCAAAAGGAAGAGCGGUCCUUCGGCCUCCUCUCUGUUCCCCUGAAAUGCAGGAAGCGUCACCUUCUGAUAAAUUCUCUGCUAAUGAGACUGCUGGCAACUUCUUAAAAGAAGUGGAUCGGGAUAUAGAAGAAAUAGUGAAGUGUAAUGAUACAAAGAGAGAGAAUCUUGAUGAGGUUGUUUCUGCCUUAGCAGCCCAACAGAUCUGUUUUGAAACUGAUGGUAAAGCUAAAAAAUGCAAGGAUCCUUACUAUGGAGCAGAUUGGGGGAUAGGAUGGUGGACGGCGGUAGUGAUUAUGUUGAUCAUUGGCAUAGUAACUCCCGUUUUUUAUCUCCUGUAUUAUGAAGUUCUAGUGAAAGCAGAUGUCAGUCACCACUCUACAAUGGAGUCUUCCCAUCUGUUUGUCACAGCAGCAUCACAUCAGAAACAGAUGGAAAAUGUAGUAAAUCCAGCAAAUAUUAUAAACAUUGAUCAUCAAGGAGACCUUCAGCCUAACAACGGACAACCCCAGGCAACUGUUAUCCAUAGAGGCGUAACACAGCAUUAGGUAAAGGGGAAACCACAGAAUGCGCGUGGAAUGCGGAGGAAACGCGUACCCGUGUGUGACUUGCCUGUGUGGGCAGCGUUCCGGUUCGAGGAUAUCUCUGUGGAUCAUGUAAUCUCUGAAUAUGCCUGAGACAGGCGAUUUUAUUGCAAGAUUGGGAUGUAAAUUGAGGUAUAAAAAUUGUCUCUGAAGCUUUGCA